UAGACAGUGCGUUUGACAGAUAUAGCUGGCUGAGACAAGGAGACUGAAUUAUCAGAGGUGAAUCGUCGCCGACCACACCAUUCUAAUAUCGCCAGCCUUUUUUUAUCCGAGACGCGCGUCUGUUCAAAGGGAUUUUUCUAAACAAAGAGAGAGUUGUUUUACUUUUGAGACCAACGCUGCUGUGUGCAUCUAAAUUCCGCAUUCACCUAACUCUACCUCGACGGGAUUAUUGUUUUUACACUGACCUGUUGGAAUAUACAAUGUUGAAAAUGGAAAGGCUAAUUUUUACCACAUUGUGUUCUGCAUUCUUUUUUACAAGCUGUGUUUCAGGGGAAUAUCCCAAGGCACAGAACGUUUCUUGGUUGUCUAUCAACUUCAAAACACUGCUUAUGUGGGAUCCUAAACCUUCAAACUAUUCAUACACCGUUGAAUAUUCUGUAAUCGGUCAGAACAGAAAGAAGAACCAACACUGUAUCAGGACUAUGGCGACAGAGUGUGACCUGUCCAACUCUCUGGUGGACCUGAAGGCCAUAUACUCCGCUGACGUCCUCUCAGAACCUCUACGUGGUGUGAACUCUGACCUCAUAGAGUUCCCCCACACAACCUCGGAGAGGUUCACCCCCUACGAAGACACGCUUAUAGGCAGACCUAAGUUCAAGAUCGAGGUGAGCAAAGACAAGAGGAAGAUCACCCUGUAUGUAGAAGACCCUCUCACAGCCCUGUUCAACGAGCAGAACCAACAGAAAACCAUCCGGGAUGUCUUCGCUGAUGAGCUGCAGUACAAAGUCACCUUUGGGAAAGCAACAAGCACGGGCAAGAAAACGAAGAUCUCUGCAAGCAGUGAGAUAGAGUUAGACAGGAGGGAUGUAGAUCCCGGAGUGAGUUACUGCUUCAACGUGCAGGCCUACAUCCCCUCCCGCAGCACAGACAAACAGCUGGGAGAGCUCAGUCAAAGACAGUGCUCACCGGGCGACGAUAAGUCCAUCUUUGAAGAGUAUGGGAUCGGUGUGAUCGCUACGGUCAUCCUACUUAUCAUUAUGAUCAUAGUAGUGGCUAUCGGAGUCACAGUGGUGUGCUGCAAACGCAGAAGGAAUGCCAACAGAAGUGGAAAAGAGGGAGUCCCACUAAGAAGUGUGUAAAAAGGGAGCGCAUCAUUGACACACACUUGGGAAUACAAGGUACAACUUAACUGGAUUUACACUUUGAAAGGGAGUCUGCAGGGGCAGCCCCAGUUCAACAUUCCACUGUCAAACACUGGAGUUCACCAUUUUGUUUCUGUGAAACUGCACAGUGAAUAUGGUACACGUACUGUAGUGUAUAUUUUGUUUCCAUACAAUGCUGCAAAUAUCCUCCUUUUUGAUUUUGUGACUGGUACUUCUACUGCUGUGAUUAUUAGCUUUUAGAAACACUACCAACUCUUAUUUUAUUGUGUUUUAUAUAGUUUUUAACUUGAUAUAAUCUUUGGUAAAAUAUAAGUUUAUUUUGGGAGACUGCUGAGUACUAAAUCAUAUGGGAAAUUAAGAUUAGUAGGAUUAUAUAUAUAUAAUUUUUUAUUAAGAUGCUUAAUUUAUUAUGUGUAGCCAUUCUGAAAGUAAUCUUUGUAUUUUAGGUUAUUUUAAACAUUUAGGGGAUCAGUAGAUACAGUAGCCUAUAUGUUGAAACUAAAUUAUUUUGCGUAAGUUUUGCCUUAGAUAUUUAAUAUAUUUAUACUGAGUGUACAACACAUUAGAAACAGCUGCUCUUUCCAUAAUAUAGACUUACCAGGUGAAUCCAGGUGAAAGCUAUGAUCCCUUAUUCAUG